AUGCCAAAUGCUACCCAGUGGACUAAAGAAGAUGGCGAGUGUCUUUGCCAAGCGUACACAAACAUAUCGGAGGAUGGCGCCACCAGCACUGACCAGACCUCGGACCUGUUUUGGAACUCCAUGUAUACUGCGUACCAGCUCCUUUCAGGCAAUGGGGCUACGGUUCGGAAAGCGGACGCCUUUCAGACCCACUGGGCCGGGCUAAUCCGUCCCGACGUAGCGCUUUUUGCCUCGGCACUAACAUCGGUCCAGGCAGAACAUCGCAGCGGGUGGUCGGAGGAGGACAACAUGGCUGAAGCUGAAAACUGUUUGACGGCGAAAAGAGAACAGCUUAACGCCAACACGUUGAAGUCAUUUGAGGAUGGUAAAAACAGGUCCGAGCGGAAACUCCGCAUUCGCCUUGAAGCUUUUCGUCUUAUGCAUUGCUACAAGAUUCUUAAACAAAGUGCCCGUUUCAUGAGAGACGUGCCAACUCCUCGAAAACGUUCACGCUUGUCGGUAAAUUCUAUGGAAACGUGA